GGAAGUACACAAAUAUUGUUCCACCCGAGAUUCCGUAGAGCAAACCUGCUACUCUCUUCUGGGACAAUUAUUUUCUUGCUUCUGUCACUCUAUAACUUAAGUCGGACAACUAUUACAAGAUGACUUACAGCCUUCGCGCAUGACCAACACACUAUCCCACAUUCAGCAGGUCACAUUUGAGCUGAUUCUAUUCUGCAGGUUCCACACAGGGCGACCCAUGCUUUCUGAUGAGCUUGACGCCAAACCAGAGCUGCUGGUGCAGUUUGUACAGAACGCGUCCAUCCCUCUUGUGCAGGGUCUGGAGGACUCAGAGUCCAAACACUGUUGCCUGCCUCUGCUGGCCCCGGCUGAGAGCACACUGUGCAGCCCGCUCGAGCUCACAGAUGGAGGCCUUAGCCAUGAUCCUCAGAGUUCACCCUCACUGUCAGAGUUUGGAGGCGUGUCGGAGCGAGGCCCAUUGGUGGUCCAGACACACUCUCAUCCACAGGCCUCACCCAGUCCCCCACCCAUCCUCCACGACCUGCAGCAGUCGGACAGCCCUUCAUAUGUCCUGCUCAACCUUGCCAAAGGCAUCACAGCUUCCUCUGAGUCGCUGAUCUUCGCCGCAGAUGGCCCCGGUGAGGAUGAUGAUGAGGUGGUCUCAUCAGGGGACUAUGGGAUGGAUGUCAGCGCUCCCUGGUAUCUGCGAGUACAGGAGCUGGCACAUGACAGCCUGAUUGCCGCCACACGGGCGCAGCUUGCGAGAGAUGCCAAGGCCAGCCAGGACGCCAGAGCAGCAAGUGUCAGUAAUGGUGACCACACGCACAGUUUGAUAGCAGAGGGGGACAAGCGAGAGCUCCCGCCUCGGACCAGCCGCCCCCUCUCCAAGCAGAUCCUCCGCUGUUCGUUUGAGGGAUGCUGCAGGACUUUCACCUGGCCGGCUCAUCUCAAAUACCACCUCAAAACACACAGGAACGACCGAAUGUUCAGGUGUGGCGCAGAGGGCUGCGGGAAGAGCUUCUACGUGCUGCAGAGGCUGCAAGUUCACAUGAGGACCCACAACGGCGAGAAGCCCUUCAUCUGCAAGGAGAAGAACUGCGGCAAGAAGUUCACCACUGCUGGGAACCUAAAGAACCACAGACGCACACACACAGGAGAGAAGCCUUUUCUGUGUGAAGCAGAUGGAUGUGGGCGAUCCUUUGCAGAGUAUUCCAGUCUGAGGAAACACAUGCUCGUUCAUUCUGGUGAGCGAAAGCCUCAUCACUGUGGGAUUUGUGGGAAGACGUCUCAGUCGGGCAGCAGGAACGUCCACAUGAGGAAGAGGCACGGAGAGGAGGGGCUCAGCACUGAAAGCAGAGAAACAGGUGAGGCUCUCACACAAAGCAGCCUGCUGGAGGCAGAUGGUGAAAAUGCAGAUGAUAUGGUCACCAUGACAACAGCUGUAGAGCCCAUGAACCUCCACCACGCUAUGCUGAGAUCACCAGGCUCCGCAGGCUCAGUGGUAGUUCUCUCACAGCCACAUGAAUUGGUGACCAUGACGACUGAAGGCCAUGCAUAUGGAGAAGAUGUGGUGGCGCUGCUGUAGGCUGCCAUCAUGAAAUAUUACACACACACACACACACACUGCCAUUUUCUGCAGAACUACACUGUCAGUCAGAGAGGACUAAAUGUAGACUUGUAUUUGUAUAUAGAAUAAUCAAGGACUUUAACCCCUGUAGAUAUCUGUAAUUAGCAACGGAUGAUGGUUUUAUUUUGAAAAGUGAGAAAUGGCGACGCUUGUACAAACAACAUUUUUCCUCAAGUUUUUGAACUCAGAUACUCCCAAAGAAAAACUGAGACGGGUUUAAAAGUUUAUGAAAAUAUAUUAUGACCAUGCAUUGUUCUAAAAAACAUCAUUGUAAACAAGUCUGAAGUUGAAAUGUAGUGAUGAUAUUCUCUGGUAGAAACUGAGUCCUGCCAGAGCUGAUUAAGUUGACGGUCAAAUUGAAAUGCACCAGGAAAGAGAAUACGUUAUUAUCUGUAUCACUGAUAAGAAAAACCUGUUACAGCUCAGUAUAUCACACUGCUGCAUGUAAACACUGGUCACAACCACACACAGAAACUUCCAUCUGAAACAAAAUGCCCAAAUCUGCUUGACUCAGCGUGAGCGUGGUAUUGGUUAACUUCUUCCACUCCCAAGUGUGGACCUCCAGCGCUCCACUUGUUCUCUGAGUAAGGCACACAUUGCUCAUUUACAGCUCAAUGUAUUAACACUUGAGAAUAAUUGCUUUUUAAAUGAAAUGACAAAUUACACAUGAGGUUAGACAAAAAUAAACAGCAGAUGUCUGAGGCUGGUAGAUAAGGCAGUGCCCACUAUGAGCAGUGUUUGUUCCUCCUCCUCCUCCUCCUCCUCCUCCUCCUCCUCCUCCUCCUCCUCGUCCUCCUCCUCAGUGGAUCUUCAGGUUGUGGAAGUGAUCCAAUGUGGCGCCUAAAGCCCAGCUUGCCUCCACGUUGUUCACUUUCUUGGUCAACUAGAGGGGGGGGGAAACCCAACACCAAAUCACUUAAAUGCCUUUUGUAUUUAUUGAAUUAAAAAAAAUAACAAUG